ACAAAAUGGAGGGAGGCUUUGAAAAGAGUGGAAACAAACAACAUACAAACUCCAAAGAAAUCGAAUGGUUGUGCUGAAAACGACGAUGCUAUGAACAUCAAAGUGCCAAUAUCAUUAUCGAGUUAUUUUAUUGGUAGGUUAUUUGAUUCUGUGUUGGUGAAGGAUUAGGGCUUUCUGGGGGGGAUCAUUAAGUUGGUUGAGUUCUAAUCGAAGGUAAUUUGGGGGUUUCUUACAUUUGUGGCGAUUAAUUGGAAGUUCGAGGAGAAAAUAUUGAUUGGGAAUUUACAGGAAGUGUUGGUGUGAUGCCAAGCUUCAGUUCUCAUCAGACAUCAGUUUCGAAUUCCAUGGGCACAGCAGCGAAUACAACACCGUCUUCUCGAGUUUCUGACUUUGGUGUUCUCGAGCAAUAUCUUGGAUUUCGGGUUGGAGAGCCUGCUAGCACCGGUAGAAGUUCAGUAUUUAGUCCUACGUUGAACAACGAAGCACUUGCUUCAGAUCUUCAGCUUGAUACGUUCAAUAAGUCCGUUGCUUUGACUGACCGAAACUUUUCUACUGCCGUUGUGGCAUCUCAACCACUGCCAUUACAAAAGUUCCCGCUGCGAAAUCUCUCCUCCCUAUCCGCAGCUCAACAUGAAAACUGGGGGGAAUCGAACAUGGCGGACUCCAGUUCCCACACCGAUACUUCCGCUGAUGUCGAUCCAGAUGACAAGAAUCAGAAGUUCGAAAAUGGUCAAUCCGUAGCAGCAGCCGUUUCGGAUUCGAGUGGUAAAUCGAAAGAAAAACCACAAGAUUGGAAGACGCUCCGGAGGCUUGCGCAAAACCGGGAGGCUGCUCGCAAAAGCAGACUAAGAAAAAAAGCUUAUGUGCAGCAGCUCGAGAAUAGCCGGCUGAAGCUAACUCAACUCGAGCAGGAGCUGCAACGAGCACGUCAACAGGGUAUCUUUAUUUCAAACGCAGGAGAUCAAUCCCAAGCAGGCUCUGCCAAUGCUAACGGAGCAUUAACGUUUGACGUGGAGUACGCACGGUGGACAGAAGAGCAGAACCGGAGAAUAAACAAUCUCAGAACUGCAGUGAACGCCCGCGCCAGCGAUGCCGAGAUUCGAGUGAUGGUGGAAAACGUGAUGGUGCAUUUCAACGACGUUUUCACGCUGAAAGGCGACGCUGCCAAGGCGGACGUGUUCCACAUAUUGUCGGGAAUGUGGAAGACACCCGCGGAACGGUGUUUCAUGUGGAUAGGCGGUUUUCGACCAUCUGAAGUUCUAAAGCUCAUUGUGAACCAACUGGAGCCUCUCACCGAGCAUCAGGCGUCGGGAAUAAACAAUUUGCAGCAAUCGUCGAUUCAAGCCGAGGAUGCGCUGUUGCAAGGUAUGGAUGCAUUGCAGCAAUCGUUAGCCGAGACAUUAGCUAAUGGUUCUACCGGAGGCCCCGAAAGCAGCUCGUCAGGAAACAUUGCGAACUACAUGGGUCAGAUGGCGAUGGCUAUGGGGAAGUUGGGCGCUCUCGAUGGUUUUCUACGGCAGGCGGACAACUUGAGACAACAAACACUACAACAGAUGCAUCGGGUACUUACGACGAGGCAAUCAGCCCGCGCCCUGCUCCUGAUACAUGACUACUUCUCGAGACUCCGGGCCCUCAGCUCUCUGUGGCUGGCCCGGACGCGCGAGCUGGGAUGAUGCGAUCGGCGCAUGUACGGUAUGAAAAUUAUUUUCCGUCGAAUCGAACUGGGUUUUAAGUUAAAAGGGAUAGCAGCGAUGGUUUGGUUGUGUGGCUAAUAAUAAUAAUAAUAAUAAUGUAGGAAGAUGAUAGAUAGAUGUAAUAGAAAUAUAUAUAUAUAUGUAUGUAUGUAUAUAUAAGUGUAUGUAUUGUGUGUAAAUGUUGUAGGCUUGUAAUAAGUGAUGGCAUUUGAUUCUUACACCAUCUUCGAUAUUCAUGUUCCGAAUAAUCAAAGUUUCUUUAGA